CUAAACAAUAUGGCCGAAACAGAGACGGUCUAUUGUUUAUGUCGAAAACCUUAUGACGAGUCUGAAUUUAUGAUAGAAUGUGAUAUUUGCAGAGACUGGUUCCAUGGAAGCUGUGUAGGUGUACAAGAACACCAGGCAUCAGAUAUAGAAAUAUACCACUGUCCAAACUGUCAACUUACACAUGGUCCUCUACUCUUGAAAAAGAGGAAAAAUUUCCACAGACAUGAUUAUUCUGAAGAUGACGUUGAGAAUAAGGCUGUUCAAACAGGAACUGUUGUAUUUAUUAAAGAAUUGAAAAACAGAACAUUUCCAAGUGGAGAUGAAAUUCCUUUAUUACGACUGCAUGGCAGUGAGCUGAUACCAGAAUUCUUUAAUAAAAAUGGUCUUGAUACUCCAAUAUUGGUAGAAAAAAAAGAUGGCAUGAGUUUAACAGUUCCACCACGUACAUUCACGAUACAAGAUGUUGAAAAUAAUGUUGGUUCCAUGAGAGAAAUUGAUGUGAUUGAUGUCUCUAAACAGGAGGACUGUAAAAUGUUAAUGAGAGAAUGGACAGAAUAUUACAACAGUCCAAACAGAGCAAAGAUAUUUAAUGUUAUUAGUUUAGAAUUCUCAAAAACAAAACUUUCAGAGUUAGUAACGCCUCCUGUGAUUGUAAGGCAGUUGAGCUGGGUGUCAAACUUAUGGCCUGACCAGUUACCAGAGGAUUGUGCAUACACACGACCAGAAGUACAGAAAUACUGUCUUAUGGGCGUGAAAGAUAGUUUUACAGACUUCCAUAUAGAUUUUGGUGGGACAUCAGUUUGGUAUCACGUGUUAUGGGGUGAAAAAGUAUUUUACAUGAUCAGACCAACAUCAUCUAAUGUUUCCUUGUAUGAGAGUUGGGUAUCAUCGUCGAACCAGAGUGAGACAUUCUUUGGUGAUCAGGUUGAUGUAUGUUAUAAAUGUGUAGUUAAACAGGGACAGACCUUUUUCAUUCCUACAGGAUGGAUUCAUGCUGUCUUUACUCCUAUAGAUUCAUUAGUUUUUGGUGGAAAUUUUCUUCAUGAUUACAACAUACCAUUACAGUUACAGGUGUAUGAUAUAGAGAAAAGAGUAGGAACACCACAAAAGUAUUUAUUCCCUAGUUUUGAAACAACAAACUGGUAUGCAGCAAAACACAUCUAUGAUUUAAUAAAAGACUAUACAGAAGAGGGAAGAAUACCUCCCGACUACCUGGUACAGGGGGGCAAGGCCCUGGGGUCACAUCUGAAGUCUUGGACACAAAGAAAAGAUUUUGUGAAAGACGCCAAACAUGACCUUCCAGAACAUGUGCAAUAUGGCCGUCUGCUGAAAGAACUGUCAAAAGAAAUCAAGUCUAUUGAGAAUACGAUAAAAAGCAGCCCUGUAAAAGUGAAAGUAAAGAAAAAGAAGAAAAACAACAUGCCAACACCUAAACAGAUGGUGAAUAUUGAUCUGUUACAUCAGCACACUCAGGAGAAAUUACAGGAGUUACAACAUGAUGAAAAGAUAGGGGUGUAUAACUUUAAAGAUGAAGAAGAUGAGAACACUCCAGCUUCUCUGAAAGUAAGAAUUCCUAAAGCAGGGGCUUAUAUGGAAAUGAAACAGGAAGUAAAAUCUGAUCCAGAUGAUCUCUCAGGGAAAUCUGUGGGUUUGAAGCUCAAGGUGUCUAAUGGGAAAAUUAUUAGUGACAUAGGUAAAAAAAAAUCUCAGGGAACUAAAAAAUUUCAGCCAUUGGUCAGUGGUGAUGCAGGUGCUGAUGAGGAUAGUGAUGUAGAUACUCUGGUUGUGGAUGAGAAUCCUAAACGUGGGAAACGGCAAUCAGCAACUUCACCAUCGUCUGCCUCAACAAUGAAACCAGGAUCUCUCAAGCUCAAAUUAUCUUUCCAUGGUAAACCAAUGCCGCCAGGCACGAUUAGUCAAGAAAGUAGUCAGGAGUCAGAAAGUACAGCAAGUCAGAGUGAAUCUGAGGGUCUUGAGGACCGAACCAACCUUCCAACAAUAAGAGGGGGACUCAAUGGUAGUAUAGCAGAUAUUCUGGAGGCUAGUGGCUAUGGUACAGAGACCACAUUUACUGUUGAUGAGGAUGUUGGAAGAGCCUCUCCAAGUAUGAGAGAAGCUAUUCAGGGAAUGCUCUCCAUGAGCCAAAUGAAUGAAAUUGAAUUGUUUUCCAAGGGAGGUAAAUCUAGACAACAUCAAAGAUCUCAACUAGUUAUUGAUGAAGAAGAAAGAUUGCAGAAUUGUUACAAAGAUGAUGAAUUCAUUUAUCCAGACCUUGAAAUGUCUGAUGAGGAAGAUGGUGUUAAAGGAAAGAAGUCAAAACAUGAUGAUAAUUGGAAUCCUAAAGCUCGUGUACAAGUAACAAUUCCUAAGGGAGAUAGGCCACACAGAGAGGGGGUACGGAAGGAGGCAGUUGAACAGAUCUUAGCAGCCGCAGCAGCAAAACCAGCUGCAAUACAGAAGCCAAAGAAGAUAAGAAAGAGAAGUAAAUCAGAAACUUUACCAGAACCCAUAUCUAUGCCAGGAACAGCCUUAUCAUCAAGUUCAGGUUCAGCCUUCCGUCCAAAUCUGUCAAAACCUCAACCUACGACACCAACCAGCCCAGAAAGUCCUACCAAACCCAAGAAACCUAAAAAAGGCCAAGCCACAGCCAAACAAAGACUUGGAAAAAUUCUGAAAAUUCACAAACUAGGAAUGUUUUAACUACCUCAAAAUGUUCUAAGGAAGUGUGUCUGUGUGUGUGUGUGUGUGUUUGUUUUUUGUAUUAAAAUUAAAACAUCUAUGCAAUUUUAAAUUUCUUUGGUGAAAUUUGAAUAUAUAUCAAUGAAGUGAAUGUUAGUUUUAAAAGAAAAAGAAGUAGAUGUCAACAUUAUCAAUUUUAAGGCAUCACAUUUAUGCAUUUUUUCAAAAUUUUUAUUGAAAGUUUCGGUGCUCUCUAUUUGCAAUUAUUUCAAGAGAUAUCAUUUUAAAAAAAAGUUUUGUUUGAAUUUGAGUGAAUCCUACUUGUUGCAAGAAAACAUAUAGAUAUUAAAGUUUCAGUUUCCCUUUAAAAAAUUCUGUUGUAUUUUUUGAAUGAUAUAAUAAUUAUGCCAUAAAUGAAAUUCUAUUUUCAUUCUAUCUUCAAAUUCCAAGGGUCAAAAGUUUAGACAUGAAUAAAAUAUUUUUUUGUUUCAAAGUUAAAAUGACGUAACUUUGUCUAACGUAAAGUUUACAGUAUUAAUGGAGAUUUUAAGUGUAUAGCCAAAAUGCUGAAACUCACAUGUUUGAUACAUGUAAUUUAUUAUAACUUAUAUCUUAAAACUAUCAACCAAUACACUAAAAUGAUUAAUAAAUUUUUAAUUUUAUUUUGUGGGGGAUUCGAGUUGCCUAUUAAUUGAUUUAUUUAAAUUGCAGUAGGUUUUGAAUGUGUUCUUUUUGCAAUGACUAUUUACUAUCAGUUAAAAAACACUAACAAAAUAAAGUUUUAAUCAGGUGACCUUAUUUGCUGUUCAACACAUGGUUGUGAACAUAAUGAAUGUCAGUAUUUUUGCAUAUCAUUUUAAUAAUAAUGAAAUUGAAAAUUUAGAUGAAUUAAACUCUACGAGGUCAAAGAUAUGUGGGCAUUCUAACUAAAUGUUCAAAAGUUCAAAAAGGUGUAGUAAAAUGGUGUCCAUAAAUAAUAUCUGCAUCGAAAAUGCAAAGGUCUUUUUGAACCCAUUUAUGCACUUGAUUUACAGAGAUUUUUAAUAUCUUAAAUGCAUUUAUUGACUUUUUAAAUUUUCGUUUCAAUUUGUUUAAAUUAUCUGUAAUUAAGAGCCCAAUAACUUGAAUAGAAAAAACAUACACUUGAUUCUUGUUUUUAUAUUUUUCCAUUUUGAAAUCAUUGCUUCUUACCCCCUAAAAAAUGGAAAGAAGUACACAUUUUAAGUGUUAAAAAAAAUUGUUGAUAGUUCUUCGUUUUUCUUGGAGGGAAUAUUAAUAUUAAAAUAAAAUUAUGAAAUACACACACACACCAUUGAUAGGCAUUGUGCUAUAAGUAUUCUCAGUAUUAAAAGAUCUCAACCAUUAUCUCAUAUCAGGUAUACAUAGUUUAACAUUUGCCAAUAUUUUUUCAGUCAAAAUAAAUAAAAGUAUUUUCAUAAUUUUAUCACUGAAUAGAUUGUUAUAUCAUGGAAAUUUUAAAACAAAGUAUAGAUUGCAAUAUUAUUUAUUUUUAUUUAUUUCACUGUUAGGACUAUUCCAUUAAUUAGAUGUUGGAAUUGGAAUUGGAAGAAAUUUUUUAUUUUUGACAUGGUUUGUAUGACAUGUGUCAUUUGUGAUAGUAUAUGUAGGUUUUCAGAGUUCUCAAAAAGUGUUGGUCUGAGGGUCCUCACCUCCAAAACUUUACUGAGGACUGACACAAUUUUGGUAUUUUGUAAUAGAAAUAAUAGCGAGAACCAGCAGAUUUUCUUCAAGGACCACCAGGUAAAAAAAUAUUUGAGAAAUCUGCGGUUUUGGGAGGAUUUUGGAAGUCCUUUUGUACCCUUCCAUAUCUGUUUUUAAGGAAUAGCCCUAAGCAGUGAGAAGUGAACAGUGCAAUAAUCUAGGGUAGCUAAAAUAAAUUUGUUUUAUUGGAUAAAAUUAAACUAUGCAGCAUAAGGCAUUAAACAAUAUUAAUAUAGAAUUAUUUCACCUAAAAUCACAAUCUGUUAAUCAAUUUAUGUGGUCGGUUAACCUUUAAUUUUAUCACAAGUUAUUUUUACAGUUGGUUGGUAUUUAAAUCAAUAUUUAACAUGUGAAACAGUUUUAUACCAGAGAUCUGUAGUUAGAUUUGCAUGGUUUAUAUUUUAGCAGAUUCGUUACAAUACUCAAAUGAUAUCAAAUAGCUAAUGAUAGAAAAAAAAAAUGAAAUUUACUACAUGCAAAAUAAUUAUAAAAUUAUGUAUGAUUUAUGGUGUUAUAUAU